GUUUACUCAGUUCAUUACGGGGGCGGAGCGUCGUCGGUGCCUUAGAUUAGAAUUUUGAACAAUCAAAUAUGUUGCAGUUUCCGGCAUUCAUGACGCAGUAUCCGUCAUCGACGAGGAUGAUUCCGACGUCGCUUCUUCUUACUCCGCAGUGGCCUCAGCCGCAUAGUGAGGAACUUCUCCUCGCCAUUGAGGAGUCCGAUUUCGAAGAUAAGUGUAAUGAGAUCAGGAAGAUAAACAUGGAGCAAAUCGUGAUAGGGAAGAUGACAGAUGAUAAUGAGAAAGAAGAGUUGGACAAUGAUGCAGACGAUGAUGAUGCUGACAAUGCAGAAGAGUCUGAAGGUGAUGAGUUUGAGCAGGAAACUGGUUAAUCCUCGGACUAUUUGUUAUUCCAUCCCUCAACAUAUACUCCCUAAUAACACCAUAUCUUUUACUGAUAUUGUUAAACUAUUUAGUAUAUUCUGUUAUGUCAUGGAGAGGAAAAGUGAAAAAGAUCCCACCCCUUUUAAACCUUGUUAAUGUAUUUUGGUUCCAAUCCAGAUUGCAUUGUUAUUUUAUAAAAUGAAUUUAUAAUA